UGCUUCUUGAGCCGCAGGGACCGCCCGGCGGCCGGCACCGCCUGGCCCAGCUCCCGGCGGGCGCGGCUUCAGCACCACGGACAGCGCCCCGCCCGCGGCGCUCGGGCCGGUGCGGGCAAGGCAGCAAGCUAUGCCCGCGGCAUGGCCGGGCGCUCCAGCCCCAUGGCGCUGCUCCUCAGCUGCGGCCUCCUCGGGCUGUGCUCAGGGGUGUGGGGUACAGAUACAGAGGAGCGGCUGGUGGAGCAUCUUCUGGAUCCUUCCCGCUACAAUAAGCUUAUCCGCCCAGCCACCAAUGGCUCUGAGCUGGUGACAGUACAGCUUAUGGUAUCACUGGCCCAGCUUAUCAGUGUGCAUGAGCGGGAGCAGAUCAUGACUACCAAUGUCUGGCUGACCCAGGAGUGGGAGGAUUAUCGCCUCACUUGGAAGCCUGAGGAGUUCGACAACAUGAAGAAAGUUCGGCUCCCUUCCAAACACAUCUGGCUCCCAGAUGUGGUCCUGUAUAACAAUGCUGACGGCAUGUAUGAGGUGUCCUUCUAUUCCAAUGCUGUGGUCUCCUAUGAUGGCAGCAUCUUCUGGCUGCCCCCGGCCAUCUACAAGAGUGCCUGCAAGAUUGAAGUAAAGCACUUCCCAUUUGACCAGCAGAACUGCACCAUGAAGUUCCGCUCAUGGACAUAUGACCGCACGGAGAUUGACCUGGUGCUCAAGAGUGAUGUGGCCAGCCUGGACGACUUCACACCCAGUGGCGAGUGGGACAUUGUGGCGCUGCCCGGCCGGCGCAAUGAGAACCCUGACGACUCCACCUACGUGGACAUCACGUAUGACUUCAUCAUUCGCCGCAAGCCACUCUUCUACACCAUCAAUCUCAUCAUCCCCUGCGUGCUUAUCACCUCACUGGCCAUCCUGGUCUUCUACCUGCCGUCCGACUGUGGUGAGAAGAUGACGCUGUGCAUCUCCGUGCUGCUGGCGCUCACGGUCUUCCUGCUGCUCAUCUCCAAGAUCGUGCCUCCCACCUCCCUUGACGUGCCACUCGUUGGCAAGUACCUCAUGUUCACCAUGGUGCUUGUCACCUUCUCCAUAGUCACCAGCGUGUGUGUGCUCAACGUGCACCACCGCUCGCCCACGACACACACCAUGGCGCCCUGGGUUAAGGUGGUCUUUCUGGAGAAGCUGCCCGCACUCCUCUUCAUGCAGCAGCCGCGCCACCACUGCGCCCGCCAGCGCCUGCGCCUGCGGCGUCGCCAGCGUGAGCGUGAAGGUGCUGGCGCCUUCCUCUUCCGCGAAGCCCCCGGGGCCGACUCCUGCACGUGCUUCGUCAACCGUGCGUCCGUCCAGGGCUUGGCCGGGGCCUUCGGGGCCGAGCCCGCCCCUGCGGCCGGCCUGGGGCGCUCAGGGGGGCCGUGUGGCUGCGGCCUCCGGGAGGCAGUGGACGGCGUGCGCUUCAUUGCGGACCACAUGCGGAGCGAGGACGAGGACCAGAGCGUGAGUGAGGACUGGAAGUACGUCGCCAUGGUGAUCGACCGCCUGUUCCUCUGGAUCUUUGUCUUUGUCUGUGUCUUUGGCACCAUUGGCAUGUUCCUGCAGCCUCUGUUCCAGAACUACACCACCGCCACCUUCCUCCACGCAGAUCACUCGGCUCCCAGCUCCAAGUGAGACCGUCCUCGUCUCCAUGCUCCUUCACCCUUGCCCUCUGUCGUACAAUAGGGUGGGUGGAGGAUGGACAAGUGUGCUGCCACGAAGAGGGGCACUGCCCCUGC